AUGUCUAUCUUGACUUGGAGACAGUUUGUUAACUUUGUGAGCCCCAAGUUCUUGAGCAAUACCAGACUUGAGGAGUACAACGUUAAUUGCACGCUUCAUAUCAACAAUUAUCCAUAUGCCACUGCGACUAUGGAAGGUGAAGAUGGUUUUAGAGGCGCAACGGUGAAGCGGCGCUUAGAGAUUGCGGCUCCCUUCCGCGGUCAGCUCAUGUCUGACGGGCAUGGUACUCGGUGUGUGUCAAGACUGAUGACACGCAACCAGGCUCGGGUGCAAAAGCAAAAGGAAGAGCAAAAAAAGAAAGAAAGCCCAAACCUCCACCUCCGCACAGCGGGUAAGGCGAUAAAAAGCAACUCAACAUGA